ACUCCAUAAUCUCCUUACUCUCCAGGUUCGUGAUCUUCGUUGCAUUUGCUCUUGUCCUUCAUCAAUUUGCGAUUACUCCCUUGAUCUCUCUUAAACCCUAAUCGUUUCAAUUCGAAUUCUCCAGAUCUGAUCCUUUUUCUUCUCAUUGUCACAGAUCCGAGGAUUCUCUUGUUUACAGAUUUGAAAAACGUACGUGAAAUUGGAUUUGUUGAUCUCUUUUGGUAUAUAAAGCAUGGCUGCUCCAGUGCCUCCAGGAGCAUAUAGACCUAAUAACAAUCCGCAAAACUCCGGUGGUCCUCCGAAUUUUGUUCCUGGUUCACAAGGAAACCCCAAUUCUUUAGCUGCUAAUAUGCAGAAUUUGAACAUUAAUCGGCCACCUCCUCCUAUGCCUGGUUCUGGUCCUAGACCAUCUCCACCUUUUGGUCAGUCACCACAAUCUUUUCCUCAACAACAACAACAACCUAGGCCUUCUCCAAUGGCUAGACCUGGACCUCCUCCUCCUGCUGCAAUGGCGAGACCAGGUGGACCUCCUCAGGUAUCGCAACCUGGCGGGUUUCCGCCAGUUGGAAGACCCAUUGGUCCACCUUCUAGUCAGCCGCCGUUUGGUUCCAGACCAUCGACUGGUCCGUUGGUUGGUGGUGGUUCGUCAUUUCCUCAGCCUGGUGGUUUCCCAGCUUCAGGUCCACCAGGAGGUGUACCUGCAGGUCGUCCUUCGGGAUCACGUCCAAUUGGUUUUGGUUCACCUCCACCUAUGGGACCUGGCAUGUCAAUGCCUCCUCCCUCUGGCAUGCCUGGCGGUCCGUUGAGCAAUGGGCCUCCUCCCUCUGGCAUGCCUGGUGGUCCGUUGAGUAAUGGGCCUCCUCCCUCUGGCAUGCCUGGCGGUCCGUUGAGUAAUGGGCCUCCUCCUCCGAUGAUGGGUCCGGGGGCAUUUCCCAGAGGAUCACAGUUCACAAGUGGUCCUAUGAUGGCUCCACCGCCUCCCUAUGGACAGCCUCCUAACGCAGGUCCUUUUCCAGGAAAUUCACCAUUAUCUUCGCCUCCUGCUCAUUCGCUGCCUCCACCAACAACUUUUCCUGGUGCCCCUUACGGCAGACCACCCAUGCCAGGAGGCUUUCCUUAUGGAGCACCACCACAGCAGCUACCUUCUACUCCUGGCACUCCUGGUUCAAUGUAUAGCAUGGGUCCAGUGCCAAAUCAGUCAAUGACCUCUGUUUCUAAUUCUAGCCCCUCAAAGAUUGAUCUUAAUCAGAUACCAAGGCCAGGUUCAAGCUCCAGUCCAAUCAUGUAUGAAACUCGUGUGCAGAAUCAGGCUAAUCCUCCACCACCUACUACUGUUGAUUAUAUUACUAGGGACACUGGAAAUUCCAGCCCGCGUUACAUGCGAUGCACAAUCAAUCAGAUCCCUUGCACUGUUGAUCUUCUGUCUACAUCUGGUAUGCAACUGGCGUUAAUAGUCCAACCAAUGGCACUUUCUCAUCCAUCUGAAGAGCCUAUCCAAGUUGUGGACUUUGGUGAGAGUGGCCCUGUUAGAUGUUCACGUUGUAAGGGCUACAUGAAUCCUUUUAUGAAGUUCAUUGACCAAGGAAGGAAGUUCAUAUGUAACUUGUGUGGAUACACUGAUGAGACUCCUCGUGACUACCAGUGUAAUCUGGGUCCAGAUGGUAGACGUAGGGAUGCUGAUGAAAGGCCUGAGCUGUGUAGGGGAACUGUUGACUUUGUUGCUACAAAAGAAUAUAUGGUACGAGAUCCAAUGCCAGCAGUAUAUUUCUUCCUCAUUGAUGUCUCAAUGAAUGCGAUUCAAACAGGUGCAACUGCAGCUACUUGCAGUGCAAUCCAGCAAGUCCUCUCAGACCUUCCUGAAGGUCCUAGGACAUUUGUUGGAAUUGCCACAUUUGAUUCAACAAUUCACUUUUAUAAUUUGAAGCGUGCACUGCAGCAGCCGUUGAUGCUCAUUGUUCCUGAUGUUCAAGAUGUGUAUACACCUUUAGAAACAGAUGUCAUUGUUCAGCUAUCUGAGUGCCGUCAACACCUAGAGAUUUUGCUGGAAAGUAUCCCAACAAUGUUUCAGGAAAGUAAGAGUCCUGAAUCUGCUUUUGGUGCAGCAGUUAAGGCCGCAUUCUUAGCGAUGAAGAGCACUGGAGGAAAGCUCAUGGUGUUUCAAUCAGUUUUGCCUUCUGUUGGCAUUGGAGCACUUUCUUCUAGAGAGGCCGAUGGGAGAGCUAAUGCCUCUGCGAGUGAAAAGGAGGCCCAUAAAUUACUACAACCCGCAGACAAAACUUUAAGGACCAUGGCUAUUGAAUUUGCUGAAUACCAGGUCUGUGUAGAUUUGUUUAUCACAACUCAAGCCUAUGUUGACAUGGCUUCUAUUUCCGAGAUCCCAAGAACAACUGGAGGACAGGUUUAUUGCUAUUACCCUUUCUCAGCUCUUUCAGACCCCCCAAAGUUAUACAACGAUCUUAGAUGGAAUAUCACGAGGCCCCAAGGUUUUGAGGCUGUCAUGCGAGUCAGAUGCAGUCAGGGUAUUCAAGUACAAGAAUACUCAGGGAACUUCUGUAAACGCAUACCAACUGACAUCGAUCUACCAGCGAUUGACUGUGACAAAGCUGUAAUGGUGACAUUAAAGCAUGAUGACAAACUACAAGAUGGAGCUGAAUGCGGUUUUCAGUGUGCACUUCUGUAUACCACCAUGUCUGGAGAAAGAAGAAUUAGGGUUCUUAACUUAUCACUCCCUUGUACAAACAUGCUCAGUAACUUGUUCCGCUCAGCUGACCUAGAUUCCCAAUUUGCUUGUAUGCUGAAACAAGCGGCUAAUGAGAUCCCUUCCAAGGCACUUCCGUUGGUAAAGGAGCAAGCAACUAAUAAUUGCAUCACCAUACUACAUUCCUAUCGUAAAUUCUGCGCUACAGUUACAUCAACCGGACAACUUAUUCUUCCUGAAGCACUCAAGCUUUUGCCAUUAUAUACUCUCGCCUUAACCAAAGGUGUGGGGUUACGAAUGGACGGGAGAAUUGAUGACCGAUCAUUUUGGAUAAACCAUGUGUCUUCAUUGUCCACUCCUUUGGCUAUUCCGCUAGUUUAUCCAAGGAUGAUUGCUGUCCAUGACCUUGAUGUAAACGAUAAUGAAGAAAAUGUGGUUCCUUGUCCAAUCCCAUUACAAAGUGAACACCUUAGCGAUGAGGGAGUAUAUUUUCUUGAGAACGGUGAAGAUGGUUUGAUAUAUAUUGGGGAAUCAGUAAAUUCAGAUAUCCUACAGAAGCUCUUUAAUGUUCACUCAGCUGCUGAACUUCAAAGUCAGUAUGUGCUGCAAAAGUAUGAUAAUCAGCUAUCAAAGAAGUUCAAUGACGUGGUGAAUGAAAUAAGGAGGCAAAGAAGUUCUUACCUACGCCUUAAAUUGUGCAAGAAAGGAGAUCCAGCAGGAAAUAUGUUGUUCCAAUCGUAUAUGGUGGAGGACAGGGGAUCGAGUGGGCCUUCGUACGUGGAGUUUCUCGUUUCAGUUCACCGUCAAAUCCAACACAAACUGAACUGACAGGUCUCUCUAGUCUCCUCUGUUUCGUGUCUUGGAAAUCUUAGAUUAGAGGAGCAAGACAGCAGAAAAAGAAAAAGGAAAGACAAUC